AUGUGGAACUGGACUGUACAGAACAAUGUGAUCAGGAAUCCGACCAUUGCUUCGCAUUGCAAUCGUUCCAAGCUCGGGAACGAAUCCCUGGACCGAUUGCAGAGGUCGUCUCAGGAACGAUUCACAAGCACGGAUGAGGGUACAUGUUAUGUAGUACACCACUGUGGAGAUCAUCAGCUUUGGUGUGUGUUGUUGAGCGUCUCCUCCCUCUGUCCCUCCUCCUGUCUCUCUUAUAGCACGUCCCUGCAGUCUCUCCUUUAUCUGCUCCUCACGCUGCUCAUCUCUUCACUCAGCACGAGAGUCCCAUCACACACAGACACCAUGCUGCCAGCGCUCUGCUCUCUCUUCACUGCUCUCUCAUGUGUCAGUGGUGUGACUGUGGUGACGCAGAAGCCUCCUGUUCUCACACUGACUCAAGGACAGACGGCCACCAUGGACUGUAAUCUGGGGAAUAUUACUGAUCAAAGUGUACGCUGGUACAAACAAGUUCCUGGAGGAGUUCCUCAGCAUGUGAUAAGACACCAUCAGUCCUGGAGCUCUCCUGCCUAUGGAUCUGGUUUUUCAUCUCCUAAAUUUACAUCAACAUGUUCAUCUGCAUCAGACUGUAAUGUGGUAAUUAGUAAUGUGGAGGUUGGAGACUCAGCAGUGUAUUACUGUAACAUAUGGGACGACUCUGCUAAAGAGCAUGUAUCACAGUGA